AUGUACGAUGCGCUCCCCAACGCCACCUCGAUCCGAGUUCUCGACCUGCUCGAGGCUAGCUCGACUAGGGUCCGCUGCACCAUGCACGUCGUCAACCUGGAAACCAACCCCGCCUAUGCGGCGCUGUCUUACACGGCACGCAACCCCAUCACGGUCCAUGACCGCCGUCUCUCCGACCCCGUCGCUCUGCACGAGGUGGGGAAUCCCCAACUCCCCUUUGAGCGUUCCAUCACCCACCCAGGCCCGGCUGUAGUGCCGAAGUCUUUCGCCAUUGUCGACGGUGCGAGACGCGAGUACUACCACCAGACGCUCGAGCAUGUCCACAACUUUCCGUACGAGGAUGUCAACUACCCGGACGGGCCCCCGCGUGUCAUCGAGGUCGAUGGGUGCGCAGUACAGGUUGGGGAGAAUUUGUUCCGCUUUCUGGCGUCCCUUGGCGAGUUGAGGAAGCAAAUGUCGGAAGAGCCACUGGAAGCUUCCGAGUUGCUCGAGGCGAGAGACGCGCUCCGGCUGCCCAUUUGGAUUAAUGCCGUCUGUGUCAACCAAGAAGACUUGGAGGAGAAGGCCGCACAUGUGACGCUGGCGAGGGCGAUCUUCAAGUCGGCACUGCAUGUGUUUGCGUGGGUUGGGCCGAGUGACAGACUGGGAGACCGGGCGACGGAGGCCAUCGACAUUAUCCUCGGCUACAUCCAUGCUCAAGAGUUGCGACAGGGGGAUCCUUUAGGCAUCGCCUUAGACCGCCCAUUACCGGAGGAAUUUACGAUGUCCAGCAUCCUGGAAAUGACAACGGCGCAUUGGUUUGCCCUCUUUGCCUUCUUCCAACGACGCUGGUUCCGCAGCGCCUGGGCUGCACAGAACAUCAUCCUCGCUCGGCAGGCGUACAUGGUCUAUGGCGAGAACAUGGUGGAUAUGUCUCUCGUCGUUCGGGUGCUGACAUAUCUGGACAACCGCGGCUUGGGCCCGGAGUUUUGUGCAUUUGGCCGAGCAUUCCUCACCGGCGAGCCCGUCUCAGAUCCGGGCAGAUACGUUACAAAGCUCCUCGCCGCCGCUAACUUGGAGGGGGCAGAGCCUUCCCCUGCGUCGGUGACGGAGGCGCUUGUAGUGGAACCGAAGGACAUUUUCACCUUCAUUCGUGGCUUCCACUACAUUCGACAGCACCGCCGGCCUCGGCUCACCUCUGCCCUCUCUGCGCUCCGCGAUCUCGACACGACCGAUCCCAGAGAUAAGAUCUUUGCGUUCCUCGGCCUUGUCGAUGACGAACUUGGUAUCAUACCAGAUUACGGUGCCACGAUACAGGAUUUGUAUCGAACGGCCACGGUGGCCACGAUAGAGAAAAGGCUCCGCCUCUCCAUCCUUUCUCAUGUCCAAGAUGCUCAGAAUACCAACAUUCGAGACCUACCCAGCUGGGUCCCAGACUUUAGCGUCCGGCUCGGGAGGGUGCCCCUUGACAAGGGAACUACUAGCGAAUGCGAUUUCCGCGCCUCUGGAGAAUCGGUGUACCGCCUAGCGGCGAAUCCUAACGGCACAUUGGGUGUUUUCGCCAUCCGGAUUGAUACCGUGUCUACUGUCACCGAUAUGGACGUCGAUCCUGUGUCCCAAAUAUUGAAGGUGGCCCUUGGGCUACCGGCGUGGUAUCCCGACAAGCCCCUCAGUUGGUGUCUCGUGAAGGCAGGCGGAGGGAGUUCUAGCGAGGAGCUUCGCCCACGGACUGUUAGUCGCGUCGAGGCGUUGUGGCGAACUCUCCUGGCGGACAAUGUUAAGGCGGAGGGAUACUAUCCGGGCGAGUUCGCCGAUUAUCUGGGCAACGGGUUUGCCAGCUGGGUACUUCGCGACAUCCUAGAGACACGCGUAGGCAUUCAUGAGCACGCUGAGCUCGAGAAAAUGCAUUGGGUGCGAAGCCUUGGGGUCGACUCAUUCUGCUCAAAGCUGGCCCUCUGGUCGGCCAUGUACGACGGCCAUCAGGUCGUAGCACACCAGGAGUUGAACAAUAUUCACAUCCCCUAUUAUGAGCGUGCCAUCGGCAAACUCUAUCGGAAGAGGGGAGACGAACGGGAACAGUACCAGCUCGACCUCCACCUCGGCAUCCCAGAGCCAACGGUUGGCAUCCUCCACUUUCCGACUGCCAACCGGUUGAUGGAAUGUGUAGGCGAUCCAGUCGACGAACUGGACGCCGAGAUCGCCCAGGAGCACCUUUCCGGGGCUUACCGAGCCAACGCCCGCUCUCGACUGACAUCUGAAGAACGAAAAGGCGCCGCAUCCUUCGAGGAAAGGAUGCGGAUAGCUACCGAGGGGAGGUCCCUCUUCCGCACUCCGCGCGGACGGAUCGGGCUUGGGCCCCGAUCAGUCGGCAAAGAGCCCGGCUGCAAGGAUGAGAUAUGGAUUCUAAGUGGCGCAGAUGUUCCCUUCAUUUUGCGACAUGAAAAGGGGGACCGUUAUCGGGUCGUCGGGGAGGCCUACGUUCACGGUAUAAUGUACGGUGAGAAAUUAGGAGCCCCUUGUAACUGGGAGGAUAUAAUCCUGGUCUGA